AAGAAACAUUUUUUAUAAUUAAAAGCAAAGUGCACCGAGUAUUUAACGAAUUCGUACAGUACUGCAGUUUAGCCGUUGCACCAUGCCGCUGUACACGGAUCAAGGAUACUACUACAGUGGCGGUAGCAGCCAGCUUUACGCACCCUACUACACCCCCGGUCUAUAUGCGAUUCCUACAAGCUCCUCGGGCGGCUCUUAUGCGCCCUAUUCGUCCACCUACAACCGGACGUUCGGCGGUAGCUAUAUUCUACCCUUGGCACCGCCGCGCACACCCUCUUACACCACAACCCAUAGUCUUUCGUCGCGAUAUCAGCCCAAACUGUCGACAAUCACCGAAACUUCCCCCCUCAUCAGUGCAAGACACGGCGGUGUUUUGCCCCUAACACGCAUACAGUCGCCAAAGGUGUCUUCCUACUCUGCACCCACCACCAACGCAGCUACAAAAUAUGUGCCACCGCGGCCAAUAGCCAUUAAUACUGCCGACAUCGAUGUAUCUUCGUCACGAUAUACGCAUCAUACGCAUCACGAAGAAGAAAAGGAGAAGGAGAAGGAGGUUCAGCAGGAUGAUCCUGAAGUUAAGCAUGCGGAGAAAAGGCAAGGUGGCGAUGUGGAUGCACAGGUUGAGGCACAAGUUGAAGAACACAAGGUCAGCCGAUCCACAAUCAAACGCGAUCGACCUGUCGUCCGUCUAUCCACAAUCCGCUCGCGCAGUAAAGAUCGCAAUCGUGCCACAAAAUCCACUUCUUCCGGCACUGAUGAGUCGCCGGAGCCGAAGACGAAAAUGUUCAAGGACCUCCCAACCAUAGAACCAUUACACACCACGGAAACACAUCUGAGCUGGCGGCAAAAGCUGGCUGAUGAACUGGCUGCUGUGCCCAAAUACCCCAUAAAAAAGUCCCCCGGCGAUUUAAUUCGCGAACGCUAUCUAAUACAAGACUCCGCAACUGAUGAACUCGACUUAACACUCAGCCGACGUACGGCACCUACAGUUGACGAUGCCACAGAAGAGCAGAUGAGCGAUCAGGUAGUUGUCGAAAUGGAUUUGGAUCCCGCCAGUAAUUCCAUUCGCCGGUUGAGUAUUCCCCAGUGUCCCUCCUUUCAUGAUAUUUGCGAGGACAUAUCAUCAGACAAAAUUGACGACGACCUGAACGCCGGCGAGCUAAGGCGACGCGCUUCACUAAUUCAAGAACAAGAGCAAGAAAUUCUCAAUCAACUACAAAAUUCACCCUCAGGCACGUUCCAGCUAAUUCAUUUAGAAAGACGUGAGAGUCAAGAUAGUACAGUCGAGGAAGGACAUCGCAAAUCCACCAAGAAACGGGCUUCAAAAAAAGGCAAAAAGAUCAGGCACAAAAUUACAGCUAUCGUCGAGGUAGAGAAUGCACCCCUCCUGCCGGUGCUACAAGAAAAGGAAGAGCCCACUCCUACGCCCGCUGGUAAGGAGCGAUCUCCACAGCCGAAGUUCACCUUCAACGUAGAAUCCAUGGAAGAGCACCAUGAAAUUCAUAAGGUGUUUAAGCUUCCCAAAAGAAAGAGUGUAAAGAAGGUCUCGAAACCGAAAGAAGUGGUUUUGCCCGAGGGUUUUAUGCAGGCAAGUCCAAAGUCAAAAGUUGCUCCGAAAGCCAAAACGCCUAAAAAAGAAUCGUUUGUCAGCACUGCUGAAAUCUUUACGUUUGAACCGAUUAGCAUGGAACUUAAUACUGAGACUGAAGCACAUGAGUCAAAAGAGAAGAUCACAAGUCCGACGAGUGAAAGCAAAGCACCAAAGAGCAAUAAAUCUAACGAAUCGGUAAUGAAGAUCGCUACACCCCCACCGAAAACGACACCCAUGACUGUUUUGAAGCCAUCACUUUCGGUUGAUCCCGCUGCAGAAAAACUCAACGUAAACACUUCUAAUCGAGUUACGGAAAAGUUUCAGCCUCCCAAGUGUAUUGAUUUAAAUCAGCAAAUAUCUCCGACUAACUUGAAAGCAGCAACAGUAAAGCCGCUAAGCACAGAAAAGCCAAAAGUUAUACAAAAAACUUUAGAGAAUAUUAAAUCGAACCCCAUUGAAAAAUCAGACAGUGGUGAAGAUUUUUGGGCUCAAAUCGGUAAACGCGAAUCAGUCUAUAUGACAAACCGAAAGAAGGGGCAGCUUGAAAAUCAAUGGCAAAAGCGAGAAGAACUCUUGGAUUCCCAAGCUGUAGAAGACGUUAGCAACAUCAAAGAAAUAAAGACCGCGGUAACGGCACAAAAAAAGGAAGCACUGAAGAAAGCCGAUCAAGAUAUUUCAAAGAUCAAUGAAAAGGGCGUGGUCGGAAGAUCACAGUCUACCGAAUCCGCUAUUUGCAAGAAAGACAAUAAGGACCAGAAGACCUUAAAAGAAAUUGGAUUCGUUAAACCAAAAACAAUCCCGAAAGAGUCACUCGAUUCAGCACAAAAGUCACCAACCGAAGUCCAGUCAAAAACCGAAAAAGCUACAACUUCAACGAUAAAUGACCCAACAUUCUCGACGACGGCUGCUAAAACAACAAGAAUAACAACAGCAACGACAACAACGGUAUCGCCAAGUGCAACAAGCGCCGCGACCAAAAUAAAUUUCGGGCAAACAGCCAAGUCACCUGAACAACAAGCGAACAAAUUUACGCCACAAGCAGACAACGACAACGACAACGAACAAACGAAAUUAUUCAUUUGCCAAACAGGAAUAGCGAGUGCAACAAGCACAGCAACCACUACAUCAGCACCAACAACAAUCCAAACCACAGCAACGCCAAAAUCCGUCACCGCAUCGACUGAUCGGAAUGCUAAGAAAACCGAAAAGUUGGCAACAUCAACGCAACUGACUGAGUCGCAAGUAGCCGGUACAUCUAUUUCAGCAACAACAACAGCGAAAACUGUAAUGCAAAGUGCUAGUGAAAGCAAGAAGACGGAAGUAAAAACAGAUAAACCAAAGGAGGCGCAUACAAAAGCCGACGCUGCUGGUAAAAAGAACGUGGCAUGCAAAUCGCCGCCCACCUCGCCCAUAGCCCCGCCAUCAGGCAGUGGCAUCGUCUCCGUCGCCAAAGGUGCCAAACCAAAAACAGUACCUAAGGCAACGACAACGAAA